AUGCAGAUAUACGCACCCAUCAUCUUCUACCUCAUAUUUCAAUCAGAAAACAUGGAGGGUCCAAGGCCAAAAGGCUGCACCACUGCCCAAACCAUCCAUAUUCCUCCACUGCAUACCGUUCAACUUCUCCCUAUCGUGCCCUUCAACCGUAUAUUUGCCCUAGUUUACUUGUGUGCCGUUCUAGCUUUAUUUUAUCACCAUUUACAAACACUCCUCUGCUCCACAACACUGGUCUCUUUCUUCAUAAACCUCAUCUUAUUUAUCUCCGAUCUUGUUCUUGCCUUCAUGUGGUCCACUGCUCAGGCUUCUCGCCUAUAUCCAAUCCAACGCAAAGAAUUCCCGGAAAACCUCGAUAAUGUUGUUAAAAGAAGUGAUUACCCAGCCGUUGAUGUGAUUAUAUGCACUGCGGAUCCGACAAGAGAACCACCCAUGAGCGUAGUGAACACUGCUUUAUCAGUGAUGGCUUACGAUUAUCCAACGGAGAAGCUUUCGGUGUAUGUAUCGGAUGAUGGAGGAUCUGCACUGACUCUUUUUGCUUUCAUGGAGGCUGCUAAGUUUGCUGCGCACUGGUUACCAUUUUGCAGAGAGAACAAUAUUGUGCAGAGGAACCCCGAAUCCUAUUUUGAAUCAAAUUAUUCUUCUUCCUCCGAGGCUGUCGAGAUUAUUAAGAUAAUGUAUGAGAACAUGAAAAUGAGAGUGGAGCAUGUUGUGGAGAAAGGAAAGAUAGGCGAUGAAUAUAUCACUAGCGAUGAAGAGCGCCAAGCUUUCAAUCAAUGGACACAUAACUUCACGAGUCAAAAUCAUCCUACUGUUAUUCAGGUUUUAUUGGCAAAUAACAGGAGCAAGGACGUUACCGGAAAUUUUAUGCCUAAUCUUAUUUAUGUUUCUAGAGAGAAAAGCAGCACUUCACAUCAUCACUUCAAGGCUGGUGCCUUGAAUGUUUUGCUACGAGUAUCAGCUGUGAUGACCAAUGCACCCAUAAUCUUGACACUAGACUGUGACAUGUAUUCCAACGAUCCGCAGACACUUCUUCGAGUUUUGUGUUAUUAUUCGGAUCCUGAAAUUCGUUCCAAAUAUUCAUAUGUUCAAUUUCCUCAGCAUUUUCAUGGGAUCAACAAAAAUGACAUAUAUGCUUGUCAAUUUAAACGAUUGUUUGCAAUUCAACCUAUGGGGUUUGAUGGGCUAGGGGGUUCCAAUAAUGUUGGAACCAACGUAUUCUUCUCCAGGAGAGCAUUCUUUGGUGGCCCAUCCAAUUUUAUAUCACCAGAAAUUCCUGAGUUGAGCCCAGAUCAUCUGGUAGACAAGCCCAUACAGUCCCCAGAAGUCUUGGCAUUGGCUUGUCAUGUGGCAGGUUGCAAUUAUGAGAAUCAAUGUGCCUGGGGCUACAAGAUGGGCUUUCGAUAUGGUUCGUUGGUUGAGGACUUUUUUACGGGUUAUCAACUACGUUGUGAGGGUUGGAGAUCCAUGUUUUGCAAUCCAGAUAGGCCAGCGUUUCUGGGGAAUGCUCCCAUAAGCUUGGUGGAUUUGUUGAAUCAACUGAAGCGGUGGGCUGUUGGUGUCUUUGAGGUGGGCUUCUCAAAAUACAGCCCAAUGAUAUAUGGCAUCAGACGUUUGGGUCUUCUCAUGACCCUACUUUAUUCACAGUAUGCAUUCUGGCCUAUUUGGUCAAUUCCGAUAACCACAUACGCUUUUCUCCCCCAGCUAGCUCUCAUCAAUCAAGUUCGCGUCUUCCCCAAGGUCUCAGAACCAUGGUUUCUGCUGUAUCCAUUUCUGUUCCUGGGAGCCUAUUGGCAGGAUUAUUUCGACUUUGUCUCGGCUAAUGGAACAUUCCAAAUGUGGUGGAAUGAUCAAAGGAUUUGGACCAUAAGAGGACUCACAUGUUUAUGGUUUGGAUCACUUGAAUUCUUGCUCAAAUCCUUGGGCAUUUUGACACAUGGCUUCAGUUUGACCAGCAAAGUGGUUGAUGAUGAGCAAAGUAAAAGAUACGACCAAGGGAUCUUUGACUUUGGAGUUCCAUCGCCCAUGUUUGUGCCCCUAACAAUGGCAGCAUUGAUAAACUUGGUGUCAUUUAUUAUGGGGCUGGCAGAAGUUGUCAAAAGCAGCAAUUUGGAGGGACUUCUAAUCCAAAUGUUCAUAGCGGGAUUUGGGGUUGUGAAUUGUUGGCCAAUAUAUGAAGCAAUGGUCUUCAGAAAGGAUAAAGGAAAAUUGCCUACCAAGAUCACUCUCACUGCAGCAUUUCUGACUUGGGCUCUUUACAUUGCAGCUUCUUUCAUUUUUAAGUAACAAAGGUUUGCUAAUGUGAUUUGCAUAUUUCCUUUAUGAUUCUGCUUUGUGUUGCAUCAGAAAGACGAAUAAGAUGGUAAAAAGCAUACUGUCACUAGCUAAUAUAUCCUUUUUGAAAACGAAAUUAGUUCAAGUGCUUAUAUUUGUAAAAUCAAGACGUAUAUUAUCUGUGUUAAAAAAAAAAUCUUUAUUUGAUAAUUUUAAAAUAAUAGAAGCAUACAUAAAAAUAAAUAUACA